AGGAGGCAUCGCGGCUGCGCCGCCCUACUUCCGGCUGCGAAAAUGGCGGCUUCCUAGCGAAUCGGUGACUGACUUGGAGAGAGGUUCAGGCUACGGGGUGGAUCCUGGCUUCCCCCAUCCCUGCACCAUCCAGCCACACAGGAGCCAUGGAAGUGGUAGAGCCCAACAGUCCCACUGAGGAGGAGGAGGAGGAGGAGGAAGAGGAGGAGGAAGAGGAGCAGUCUACAGAACCUCGGCCUCGCACCCGUUCCAACCCUGAGGGGGCUGAGGAUCGGGCACUGGGGGCCCAGGCUAGCGUGGGUAGCCGCAGUGAGGGCGAGGGUGAGGCGGCCAGUGCUGAAGAUGGGACCCCCAACCCUCCAGGAACUGGCCCCAAGCCCUGGCAGGUGCCCCCACCAGCCCCUGAGGUCCAGAUUCGAACACCAAGGGUCAACUGUCCAGAAAAGGUGAUUAUCUGUCUGGACCUGUCCGAGGAAAUGUCGCUGCCAAAGCUGGAGUCAUUCAAUGGCUCCAAAACCAAUGCCCUCAAUGUCUCCCAGAAAAUGAUCGAGAUGUUUGUGAGGACAAAGCACAAGAUCGACAAGAGCCACGAGUUCGCGCUGGUGGUGGUGAACGACGACACGGCCUGGCUCUCCGGCCUUACUUCUGACCCCCGCGAGCUCUGCAGCUGCCUCUACGACCUGGAAACGGCCUCGUGCUCCUCCUUCAAUCUGGAAGGGCUCUUCAGCCUCAUCCAGCAGAAGACAGAGCUGCCAGUCACGGAGAACGUGCAGACCAUCCCACCCCCGUAUGUGGUCCGCACCAUCCUUGUCUACAGCCGCCCGCCCUGCCAGCCCCAGCUGUCCCUGACAGAGCCCAUGAAGAGAAUGUUCCAGUGUCCAUAUUUCUUCUUUGAUGUUGUUUACAUCCACAAUGGCGCCGAGGAGAAGGAGGAGGAGACCAGUUGGAAGGACAUGUUUGCCUUCAUGGGCAGCUUGGACACCAAGGGUACCAGCUAUAAAUAUGAGGUGGCCCUAGCGGGGCCAGCCCUGGAGUUACACAACUGCAUGGCCAAGCUGUUGGCCCACCCACUGCAGCGACCGUGCCAGAGCCAUGCCUCCUACAGCCUGCUGGAGGAGGAGGAAGAAGCCACUGAGGUUGAGGCCACCGUGUGAACCGUCACUGUGCAUCUCAGCCUGGUCCCCGGAAACUCUUGGUCUAGAGUGCUGGUUCUCAAACAGCUUUUGGGGACUCCUAGGGGUUCCAGGAGGUACUCAGGGCACUUGGCAGCCCUGAGAAGAAACCCAGAAUUCCAGGAGGCCCUUCAGGAACUCUGGGCACGCAUUCUCCAUGUUUUCUAGCCCACACCCACUCCUAGUUGUUCCAUUAUAACCUUUGUUCUGUAUGUGAUUUUUGUCAUCAAAAUAAAAAUCUAAGAAUCCUUGGC